AAGCGAGUGCCGCAAAAAAGUUUUGACGUGUUUACGCGCAGCUGCCGGUGCCGGGGUGGGUGGUUGGCUCUUUCGAAAUCCGCAAAGCGCGCGACGCGACGUAUAAAAAGUGCUCGCUCCUGCGUCGAGAGGAGGGGGAGAGCAUGGCCGCCCCGUACCCGGCUGACGUUCCAUUCCCACUCCAUUCGUCGCCUAUCUAUUCUCUAGUCUAGUCUCUACCAAGCCGAACGCCUGCCGUAGCUAGAACCUGCGUGCGGGCGGCGAAGGCCGAAGGCCAAGCAGCCCACCAAGUCCGAAGUCGCCGUUCGUGCUAGGCCCCGGAGGGGGAAUGAUAGAGGCGGACGGGAGGCGGGCGGCGGGGAGGGUGGAGGCGAGCCCGGAGCGGGGCCGGCCGGCGUACGCGGCGGCGGCGAGGCCGGCGCCGGCGAGGCCCAUGAGGAGGGUGCAGAUCAUCUACUACCUCUGCAGGAACGGGCAGCUGGAGCACCCGCACUUCAUGGAGAUCGCGCAGCACCCCCACCAGCCCCUCCGGCUCAAAGAUGUGAUGGACAGGCUCACGCUGCUUCGGGGCAAAGGCAUGCCGGCUCUCUUCUCAUGGUCUUGCAAGAGGAACUACAAGAACGGGUACGUGUGGAACGACCUGUCGGAGAACGACGUGAUCUACCCGUCCGACGGCGUGGAGUACGUGCUCAAGGGCUCCGAGAUCUUCCCCGGCUGCUCUUCAGCGGAUCGGUUCCAGCAACUCCGCGUGACGGACAGGUUUCCGACGAAGCCCAUGGCGCUGCCGCGUAACCACAAGCAGUACGUGGACGCCUACCGGGACGACGCCACAGAGGAUCCGGAGGACGACGAGCUGGGCUACUCGUACCACCACCGCCAGGCCGGCCCGCACGCGGCGGGGCCAAGGCUCGCCCGGGCCGACAAGCCCGCCGCCGUCUCGGCCCGGACCAACCGGAGCCGCGCCGUGGAGCUGCCCGUCGAGGAGACCUCGCCGCCGUCCUCGACCUCCUCGGACAAGCCGCCGGCGCCGGCGCCGCUGCAGCCGGGGCGGGCCGAGUACCAGGAGCCCGAGCCGAACCGCCCCGGCUCCAUGCUCCUGCAGCUGAUCGCGUGCGGGGCGGCGGCGGGGGCGGCGGGCGGAAGCUCGGGCAAGUGCCGCGCCGAGCCGAGGCGGAGCUGCGGGCUGGUGAGCCGGCUCUCGGCCCGCGCGGGCGCGGACGACGAGGACGCCGCGGCGGGGGCCGCCGAGCUGGGCCGCCGGUUCGGGCACCUCGCCGUGGAGGACAAGGAGUACUUCAGCGGCAGCAUCGUGGAGGGCGCCGGCGGCCGGGGCACGCCGCUGCCGGCGGCGUCGCUCAAGCGGUCCAACUCGUACAAUGAGGAGAGGAGGCUUGGCGUUGGCGGGAUCGGCGAGGAUGGAGCGGAUGAGCAGAUGGAAGGCGACGGAGGAGGGAUCAGGGGACGGUGCAUCCCGGGCAGGAAGAAGCAGCCGCCGCACAAGUAGACCAGAUCACCAGGCCGGCCUGGCGCCGUCCAUCAGAUUUGCAGGAACUAAGCAUAUGUAGCUAGCUCUCUUAGCUCUACCUGUGUGCAACACAAAGCUUGAUUGAACACUAGAUGAUGUGUUUAGCAUCUUUAGAUCCGUAGUGGUGAGGGCAUCCUUGCAGCUGUUAGUAGAGAGCGAUGGUAGCACUAGCAGUAGACAGUUUUAUCAGUGUUGGUUUCGUUUCGCUUCGAGUCGUCAGUGAUCAGCGUGCUGGGACUGGGAGGACGGUGUAGUGUGGAGUACUAGGCCCUAGCUUCAUGUGAAAGAAGAUGGACAUGGCUGCUGGGACCCUGGAUGCUGGAUGCAUGAUGCCAUCGUUCAUUGC